CUGUGGAAAUCUCAGCCAAGAGUCAAGAGGCUCACCUGCGCUCUGUUGGAGCUGAGCUUGGAUUUACUGGUGUGAGAUAUAAGAAUGUUCUCUGAAUGAGCCAGCCUCCAGAGGAGUGUCUAUAUGCUGGGAAGCACCAGGUUUACCACCAGGAUCUCUGGGAACACCAAGGACAUAGAGCCUCUUUUCACGGGCAAGCAGGUGGGCAGGCGGCUGGAGUUUUAUCAAUGGGCUGGUAAUUGAAUUCUGAUUUGAUUCCAUCAGUUUUUCAUCAACAGUCGGGAGCCACAAGGGAGACCUGAGUUUUGGUGUAUGAGAUCGGACUCUCAUUCCGUUUGUGGAGUAAAAUAAUAAUCCUAUAGAGAAUAUCAUGAUCCAGAUUACAUUAAUAGUUUACUUUAUCAUGGUUCUACCUUUAUUCAAUGAGCCACAUCAGAGCUCUCAGACAGGUUGUCCACUAAAGCCAUGGGACUGACACAGAGGUGACCAAGUGCUACAAAGUGUACUCUGGGAGCUGUAAUUUACUGUGGUUUAUCAUACCUUAGUGGAAUAUAAUCUGUUUUAAGGAUUAUGAUGAUGGUUUAACCAGGACAGAGGACACAAUGUGGAGUGUGAUAUCCAGUAAUACUGUAUCAUUUUUGUGUGGCAUUGAAAGUUAUUUUGUUUAGUGCUUUGUGUACUGGAAAUAUUGACACAUUUUUAGGCAUACGCAAAGUCACAAACACUUUUUUUGUAGUCAAGGAUGUACCUACCAAAGGGAUCAAUUUUCAUGUCAGUAAUUAGCAAAAGAUUUUUAUGGAAGAUGCCAGAUUGGCUCAAUUAAUUGAACGUGGUGAUCAAUAUUCAAAGGGUCUACAUAUCCAACUCUACCUCUACCCUUGCCUGACAUUGACACUCACAGUAACGACAGUGGGUGUACAGUAUAUCACGGUGGGCUGGUUCCACCACUAUAUCUCCAGUGUAAGAGUAGCCGGGCCCCUCCUGCUCUGUGGGAGCUGCCCUCCCCCAGCCUGGACCCUGUCUCCUCUGCCCUGUUGGUGCUCCUGCACUCGGCUGUGCUGGCCGAGGAUGAUGUGGCAAUGUCAUGUCUCGUCCUCGGAGUGCCGCUGCUACCGGCUGAAGGGAUUUUCCCUGCUGAAGCGCUUCCCUCUCUCGGCAGAUGGGGCCUGCAGCAAAGCCCUGGACCAGCCCGUGGGAGAGUGGCUGGAGCAUGUGGGGCUGCCACAGUACGAGAGCAAGCUGCUGCUUAAUGGCUUCGACGACCUAUGCUACAUGGGCAGUAACGUGAUGGAGGACACGGAUCUUAGAGAUAUGGGAAUCACUGACCCUGGCCACAGAAAGAAGAUCAUCCGUGCAGCACGCAGCUUGCCCAAGGUGAAAGCCCUGGGCUGUGAUGGCAGCACCUCUCUGUCCACCUGGUUGGAUGUGCUAGGCCUCCAGGAGUACCUGCCUAACUUCCUGUCCAGUGGCUACCGUACCUUGGACUGUGUGAAGAAUCUAUGGGAGCUGGAGAUUGUCAAUGUGUUGAAAAUCAGCCUUCUCGGCCACAGGAAGAGAAUCAUAGCGUCUCUGGCAGAGCGGCCCUAUGAGGAGGCCCCGACCAAAUCGCAGAUCUCUCACCGUCUCUCACAGAUCAGGUUUCAGGACCUGUUGUCCCAGACAGGGACCUCUCCUCUGAGUCAGAUGGACCCUUCCACCAGUCGCUCCAUGGACAUGCUCCUGCCCUUGGGGGAGGGAGGCAGGAGGAGGAGAGCCAUGGACCAGGACUGUAGCGUGUCCCUGCGCUCCUACAGCGAGAGACCCCGCUCCCACGACAGGCAGAGUGACCGACAAAGGGAACCCCGUUUGACCCUCCGGCCGCCGAGCCAGUCUGCCACGUACACCACGGUCUCUGCUUGGCAUCACCAGCCUGAGAAACUUAUCUUAGAGUCUUGCGGGUAUGAGGCCAGUUAUAUGGGAUCAAUGAUUAUCAGGGAUCUAAGGGGGAUUGAGUCCACUCAAGAAGCCUGUGCUAAAAUUAGGAAGUCAAAGGACCAUUCAAAAAAGGGUCCUGUUGUCAUCCUCUCCAUCACUUAUAAAGGGGUCAAGUUCAUUGAUGCCGCCACUAAGUCAAUAGUAGCCGAGCAUGAGAUCAGGAACAUCUCCUGUGCGGCCCAGGACCCCGAUGACCUCUGCACCUUCGCCUACAUCACCAAGGACAGUAAGAGUGGCCACCACUUCUGCCAUGUCUUCAGCACUGUGGAAGUGACUCAGACUUAUGAGAUCAUCCUGACACUGGGACAGGCAUUUGAGGUGGCCUAUCAGCUGGCUCUCCAGACCAAGGCCAGGCAGUAUGUCCCAGUCCCCCCACCGUCUCUGGGGUCAGAGGUCAUUGAGACCAAAUCCAGCCGGCCCACGUCACAACAAUGGAGCAGCAUGAGGAGAUCAACAAUUGACCCUCUGGAGAUGGACGCAGACAUGCAAUCCCUGGGCAGCGCCACCUGGCUCUUCAACCAGAGAGACUCCAACAAGCGCCCUGUCAGCACCAACUUGUCCUGUCUUACCAGGCAUCUACCACUGUGAGGCACUGUGAGGAGACAUAUCUAGCCUGGGAUGCAUGAAGGACAGAAAAUCUAUAAGACAAAAAACAAUCAACAAACUUUUUUCUAUGCAUUUUUAAUCGUACAAUGAUGGAUCGUCAAGGAAUCUUCCUUUUCCAUGUAUAAUGGAUCAAAAACUGAACCUCAAUGUCCUGUGUGAUUCUGUACACAAAUGGACAGGACAACUCUUCCAUCACUCUGCCAAGAACAGUAGUAGCCUUACUUCAAUCUGGCAAUCUAUCAGUUUAAAUCUAAACGUAAUCAAUUGAGCAUCCUUGCCACCAUCACACAUUCUCCACACUUGCUGACUGCUGCACGCAUCUUUCGUGGUUUAAAAUACUUACAACACUUUUGAGUUGACAACACAUGAACACUUUGGCUGAGCUGCAGUGAAGGUGUUGUAAUGGUACAGGUUUGUCUAGAUAAUAAUGUAUAUGAUGCUCUGUAGCUCCACAGUGUGCAUGGUGCCUCACCAGUCAUUUUAUUACCAAGAGAGACUGUUCGGCUCAUCAGAGAACACUGUGUUAAAACAUGGCACUAUCCCCUUUAAAACCUUUCGUUUGUUUUGAAAAUGAUACGGUAUGUAUUUUGUUUAACAAUUAUUAAUAAGGAAUGCUUUUAAAAAUAACUGGGAUUCCUGAAAUGUAUUUACUGAGAGAAACCCAGGGAAACCGUAGCAACACCACAAUGUAUUGCCAUAGUAAAAUAAUGCAAAUACAAAUUCAUGACAAGUUGCCAAAACACCUCAUGAAGGUACAUUUGAUGGCAAUAAUUUAAUUUGCCAAUUCAUUGUGAAAGGUAUAAGAUAUUCCCAAUAACAUCGCUUAAAUCUUUUUAUAUGAGGCAAGGCAGGUUGUGUUGCUGGACUCCUGAUGCCACUGAUUCAGCAUGAGGUCAAAUGUGUCACUAGAAAAUGAACAACAGUGCCAAGGAUUCAGGCUUACUCAUAGUUUGAACUUUAAAAUUGAGGGAUCUAAAUGUAAUUAGAUAUGGUUUUAUUAUGCAAAUUUGCUUUGGGUUGAAAAUAUAUUUGAAACUGCAUUCUUGUUUUUCCUUUCACUGUGUCUAAUACUGCAGGUCUACAGGAGCUAUCUGUUGGUAUUAUCUACUUGUGUUUUGCUCAACCUAUUUUGUGUGCUGUGUUGCCUUGUGUUGUGUCCUCCUGUGAGGAUGGCCUGUUCUGUCUCUGUCCACUGUCCUCAUUCUGUGUCCCCUGCUGCAGGAUAUGUUAUGCUUAGCCUCUCUCCAAAUGGCACAGGAUGGCUGACUGGAGAAUGAGUGUUAAGACUUGACAGUCUCUGUGUGGUACUGUAGCUGUGUCUCAUCGUUGUUCUGUUCUGACUGAUACUGUAGCUACCACUGAUGCAUGUGGCAGUAUUUGUGUUUCGUCCUCUGAUGCACUUGGCCCAUUGAGGUGUACAUAUGUAGCAGUGUCUGUUUAGUUUUUUCAUAUAAUUUGCCUUUUUGUUUUACUUUAUCCAUUAUUAUAACACAAAUACAGCACCCCAUCUCAUUUACA